UCUCAAGAACAAGACAUGGAGAAGGAAUUCAAUGUUGAAUAUGCAUCUUUCCGGUCACAGCCUUCUAUGAGAACAAAUGAGGCAACAGUAGGCAAGCAGAAUGCACAGCAGUACAAACAUCUGAAGGAAUACUUCCGAAAAGAUUUAAAGGAGAUGGCUCAUGAACAAUUUGAAAAUUCUGAAGUUAUUCUUUAUUCUAAGGAAGAGUUGCCACCUGAUGACUCUAGAAGAGUAAAGCACAUAAAGGUUGAAGAAAAGAAGACAGGGUAUUUGUAUGCACCCAAUUUUAGCUCUUUCGAGCAUAGACUUGCUGCCUUGAGGGCUACUGCACACGUUGAGCCAGCUCCUGCUGCCUGCACUGGUGGUGCAGGUGACAUGGGUGCCAUGGACAAAGCUCAGAAGACUGACCUGGCUCUCCCACUUGCUUUAGCUCUUCAAACUGAGCACCUAAGGGGCCAACAACACUUUAACCCUGAGCCUGCUCCUGAGCACUGCUCUCAUGAGACCACUGACCCUGAUCACAAUGCUGACUUUGCUCUUGACUCUUGUCUUCUUGCUCAAGGCAAGGGUGACAGGCUCAGUAUUGAUCCUGAAUCUGCUCCUCUUUGUGGCCCCUGUGACAUGGAGGACCCUUCAACUGACCACUCCAGCCAAGGCAUAAACACCAACACCAGGCGUGCUCCUGUUCGUGGCAGAGGUGAUACCACUGAUCAUGAUAAUGGCACAGAUCUGGCUUCUACCCUUCCUGUUGUUGUUGAUUAAGGAGAUGGUUGAUACACCGAAUUCUACAAGGGUGGUCUGAGGAAUCUAACCAAGAAGAUUUUUACCAGUAAGAAAACUGAUGAUCAGGUUAAGUUACCAGACAAACAAUGGUUUAAAAUAGAAGAUGAUUUCUGUUCUAGAAAACUAAAUUUUCUUUUGGUGCUAAUACUUAUGGUUAAUAAAUUCCAUGCUUCAUAUAGGGCUAUUUAAGCUUUGUCUGGUACCAGAAAAAAGUCUCUGUUUCCC